GAAAUUUCCAAUAAGUUUCCUAUGCCUUAAGUCAGUGUGUUGGUGCGUGUCUUUAAAUACACAAAUGGUAUACUUAAAGUCUUCAAGUCUUCAAUUUCUCAGACAUAUAUAAUUCUAGUCCACUGCUGAUCGUUCAACAGGCGACCGAAGCAACAAUAAUGUCAGCGUCCAGUGGAUGCGUGAACGGGCCAAGGCGUGAAAUAUGUGGACGGGGAAAAAAGAUUAUCCUAAAACUGUUGGAAGAUAGGCGCAAAAUUGAAGAGUUGACGAUUUAUUUAGAUGAACUUCGAAUGGCAUAUGACGGGAGAGUGGAACAAAAGAUAGCGAUGUAUCAGGCCGAGAGAAAACGUCAUAAUUUAAAAGAUGAAGAGCAAAAAAAGGAAGACACCCUAGCUAAUCAGUUUGACUUGUGUGAUGAGAUCAUACAAGAUAAUGAUGCUUUGCGAUCAUUCCUGCACGACUACUUCCCACACUAGCUAGUAAUCAAGGACUUGAUUAACAAUAUACAAAUGAUGAGCUACUAGUAAUUGUCACCUAGAUCCCAUCCAGUGUCAUUGAAUUUUAGAUUCAAAAUUAUUUAUUACUACCGUCGUCGGAUUUGGGUUAAUUAAUUAGUACGAGUUCUAACUAUUGUUCACAAAAGGGCUAGUUGCGUAGCUAGCUCACCUAGGCGGGCAUAUUGGUGCCACCCAGACUACACUAGAUCUCUCAAUCUUUUUCAUUAAUGCAAUUGUCCCGAAAAAGUUCAC